AACUUAAAUAAAAAUAAUUCUAUCACAGAAUAUUUUGUUUUAAGUUUCAGUCAUUUAAUCAUUGUCUAAUUAUCUAUACCUGUUAGGCGUUUGCUGUUACACAAUAGUACAAUACACAUCUUUUAAUUUAUACAUUUCAAUACUAAUAAGUGACAGUAACUUCCAGUCAAAAUGGGGAAAGGUUUCAAUAAUUACAUGUGUAAAAAGUUCUUCCAUCCGGCAUCAAGAGAUAAUCUAAAACGAGUAUGGAUGGCAGAACAAAAAUCAGAUAAAGAUAAAAAACGCCAAGAAGAACUUCGUCUACAAUAUGAAAAAGAACAAGAUCUUUAUAAUAACAAAGCAUUGCUGUCAAAAGAAAGCAAGGAUAAAUUAAGCGUAAAUUUUAUGUAUGAACCACCACCGGGUGCUAAAAAAGAAAGGGAACGUGAAGAUAACGAGCCAGAAUAUAAAUUUGAAUGGCAAAGAAAAUUUAAUGCCCCUAGAGAAGAUUAUUGCAAAGGAGAUCAAGAAAUUCGAGAUCAGCCAUUUGGUAUUCAAGUCAGAAAUGUACGAUGUAUCAAAUGUCACAAAUGGGGUCAUAUAAAUACUGACAAAGAAUGUCCCUUAUUCAAUCAGGCAAGUAUAUCAGAAGCUGUAACAAGUAAUGCAACCACAAAUGGUAGUAGUGCUAAUAAAAAAACACAAGAAUUAAUAAAACAAAUGCGAGAAGAUGGUUUGGAAUUGAAAAAAAGUGCUGCUUCUACUCAACAACAAAUAUCAUUUAACAACGGAGAUGAUAGUGACACAGAACUAUUUAUGUAUGUAAAAACAUUAAGUAGAAAGAAAAAAAUGAAAUUACUCAAACGAUUAGAUAGAAUGGACAAAAUUAUGAUGAAAGAACAAAAGUUGAUUUCAAAAAAAGAAAAGCUUUCUAGGAAACAAAAUAAAAAGAAAAAAGAAAGUAGCAGCAGUUCUGAUUCUUCAGAUUAAUUAAGUUUAUAUUGUAUAAUUUUUUUUACCUAUUUACUGUGCAUAAAUAUAUGCAAAAUAGUACUACAUUAAAGUUCACUAAUCUAAAAUUGUACAGAAUCUCAGUGUACAAAAUAUUUUAUAUACCAUGCAUCUAUUGCAUCUUGUUUUAAGUCAAUUAAACCUAAAACAUGUUCCUCUUA